GAAGCCGGAAGUACUGUUGGGUAAACUCACGUGUACAACAUGAAAAAUACCAAAAAACACAAUAAUGUGUCCAGUAAGGCUAAAUUCAAGCCAGGGUCCAAGAAGAGAGAAAACAAAUGCAUCGUUAUGUUUGACGACAAAGACAGACAGGAGUAUUUAACCGGUUUCCAUAAGCGAAAGGUGGAGAGGAGGAAAGCAGCGGUAGCAGAAAUUCAGAAGAAAAUCAAGGAAGAGCAGAUCAGAGUCAGAGAAGAAAGGCAUAAGGAGUACAUAAAGAUGUUGAAAGAGAGGAAAGAAGCUCUUGAGGCAGCUGAAGAUGAUCUGGAAGAAGCUAUAACCAGCACAACGGAGGCUGUGCAGUAUGAUCACCCCAACCACACUGUCACCGUGACAACCAUCAGUGAUCUUGACCUCACAAUGGCUCACCGCCUUGGACCCGUAGCUAAUCAGGUUAAUGGGGAGGCUGAGGAUAAAGAACAGGGGGAGGAAGAGAAGGAGAAAACGCAGAUGCCAAGAAAAGCUGGGAAUCCCAUCAUCAACAAAAAGAUCCGCUCCCUGACUGCGUCGCUCAACGCUUUCACCAGCAAGCAGAAGAGGAAAGGGAAGCAGGAAGGCCGACGAGGACGAGGCCGUCCGACAGACAAGAGACGCGGUGCCACAGAGGGUAAAAACAGAGGCGGGAAGACCAGCAAGUGGCAGAGACGGCGAAACACUGGGAAAAGGGUUCAUUAUCAGGACUGAAAGAGCGCGCAGGAAAUUAUAAUGUAGGCUUCCAGCUUUGAAGAGAGUUGACGACUUGUGCCAGCGUCCCACAGCUGAACAAAUUGGACUUUUGGAGUAUUUCUGCUCCUGUGUUUCAGCAGGAUUUGCUCAGAAGCUUUCCAAGUGUCGGUCCGUCUUUCAUGGCAUCGCUCAGUGUUUCCACAGUACCUGCCUCUUGAAACCUUGUGCCCAGAUGUGUACCUUUGUAUCUUUCAAAGCUGUAAAUUGUUUUUGUAGUGUUACUAAGUUUUCAUUAAAUAAAAGAUUAAUCUUA